AUGAGCAUUAAGAGGAACAUUUUUCAAGGCCUUUCGGCAUUCCCGAUUACUCCCGCUGAUCCGGAUGGCACUGUCAACACUGAUGCCCUGGUUCGGAUUAUCGAAAGGCUAGAUAUACCUGGUAUCGACUCGAUUGGGCUUUUGGGGAGUACAGGAAAUUACAUUUUCCUGACAAGAGAGCAACGCAGGCGGGCGAUUGACGCAGCCGUACAAGCUCUACAAGGCAGAAAACCACUCAUUGUCUCUGCUGGUGCACUUCGAACAGAUGACGCACAGCAUCUGGCCAAGGAUGCUGAAGAUGCAGGGGUCGAUGGGCUGCUCCUUGCACCUGUCUCGUACAAUGCAUUGACAGAAGAGGAGGUCUAUCAGCAUUUUGAGUCAGUCGCUGGCUCGACCGCACUUCCCAUCUGUAUCUACAACACCCCGAGCACGACGCACUUUACCUUCAGCGAUGCACUUCUUACACGCAUUGCAGGGUUGCCAAACGUUGUUGCGCUUAAGCAGCCCGCUCCAACUACAGAGCCGAAAGAAAGACAUGAAGAACUUCGCGCAAAGUUUCCCUCUGAUUUUUCUAUCGGAUACAGUGCGGACUGGCUGGUAGUCGAGCCACUGUUGGCAGGAGGCUCUGCGUGGUUUAGUGCGAUCGCGGGGGUGCUUCCCGCACCGUCGGUUGCACUUAUGGAUGGCAUUCGUAGAGGAGACCAUGUCGAAGUGAGACGCAUCUCGGCUAUCCUGCAGCCAAUUUGGGACCUAUUCCAGGAGUUUGGUGACCUCCGAGUGAUUUUUGCACUAGCAAACGAGCUUGGUCUCUGCAAAACAGCCCCUCCUCGGCCUAUUCUUCCUAUCGCUUCUUCGCACCACGGUCGGAUUCGCUCAGCGUUAGCAGCUGUUCAGGAAAACAUAUAG